CUACCCAAGUCUACCCGUUUCGCGAGGGGCGUCGGGCGUUUAAACGAGCACGCGCCCGAACACGAAAGAGGGGAGGAUAAGCUAACCGACCAAUAGGAAUAAAGAUAGCAGUUAGCUCCCGGGCGGAGCAUAGGGAUAUACGAGACGUGGCACGAGCGUCCUUCUGUCAAACGGCGUCCGAUCGCCGAGGUAGAGGGUCGUGUCGUUCUCAUUUAUAUAGGUGGACUUUACGAAAAAAGAUCGACAGGUUGUCGAGACAGAUAAUUUGUUCGAUCGUCGGUGGGAUAAGAAAUUUUUGGAAAUAAUGGAGAAAACGGAGCUGCUCGAAUCACGAAGGAGAAGAGCGUCGUGAAACUUCAUCAAGGACAAAAACGAGUAAAUACUCGAAAAAGAACAGAGAAGGGGGCAGGCAGAGAGAGAGAGAGAGAGAGAGAGAGAGAGAGAGAGAGAGAAUCUUGCGAAGGAAAAGGAAAAGCGCAUUUUUAAAAUGCUACACAGCACUUUGCCUCGAGCGUUUCUCGCUCCUGGACUCAAUUAUUUUGGUUAUUACGGGGAAGAAGUUCACCAUCCGUAUGCGGGACCAGGAACGAGCUGGCACAUUCCAACGGAUAACAUAGCGAGUACGUACGGCAGAAUUGCCGAACAGCAUCAGACUGUACUCCGCGGUUGGGAAUCUUCGAGGCCGUCCACACCUUGCCCAUUGGAUUUGUCCUUAAAAGCACCGGCUACGCCCAGCACACCAAGGACCAUCGAAGAUGCUAUCGAGGUAGACGACGAGGAAGAUAGGAGGAUUCGCGAGGAUGCCCAAAGACGAGCGGAAAACCAAAGAUAUCGAACGGACAGCGAGAGCGUGGAUCUAUUGUUGAUCGAGGACACCGAGACCGAACCACAGCGAAGCUCGUCCGCUCACAGCCAGCGCAGUUACGACAGACACUUGUCGGUAAAAGAAGGUGGCUUGCACGUUCAGGAAGCAUUCGAAAAGGCUCGCUUUCCAGACGAGACCAAUCGUGGAUUGCCACCUCCUUAUCCGAGCAAUGACGCGAUUCAAAAGUAUCACCAAUUACAAAAUCAAAAGCUAUUACUAAACAGUCCGACUCGAUUGCAAUCCAUCCAGUCUUACCAUCAGCAGCUUCUAUUGACUCCACAGCAUCAUCACUUUCAAAGUAUACACGCACCUAUGACCCCACCGAGCACACCCUCGCCACCGCAAUGUCCAAGAAGGAAGACCAGAGAGGAAGACGUCUCCUCGCCUUCGAAUUCUAUGGCCAACGUUAACGUUACGCCCCGACAAAACCUAUUAUCCGACAAGCCUACUCCAAGACCAAAGAAGAAGCACGCGAGAAGAUUGAAAUUCGACGAGGAUACGAGCAGUCCUGUUUCCGGAACGGUAAUAUUAGGACCGGACGAGGCAGUGGUUACCGGCGACAUUGAUCCAGCCUUCAAUAUCGUCGAAGUCACCGAAGAGGCACGCGCCGAACUGGCCAAGAUUGAAAAUCGACUGGGACCGUAUCAGUGCAAGCUCUGCCGGCAACUUCACGAGGAUGCCUUUCAAUUGGCCCAACACAGAUGCUCCAGAAUAGCUCACGUCGAAUACAAGUGUCCAGAGUGUGACAAGAGGUUCUCUUGUCCGGCUAAUCUUGCUUCCCAUCGACGUUGGCACAAGCCGAGAUUACCGAACGGAGAAUCGAUCGCUGGCACUUCGAAUUCAUCCGUGGCCAGCACCAUGACCACCGAGAUACCUUGCACCAGAUGCGACGCCAAGUUUAAUCGACAGGCUGCUUUGAGAAAGCACAUGGUCAAUCAACAUCCGGAGAACGUUCUUAAUGGCAACGGCAACGGCAGCGGCAACGGCAACGGCAGUGGCAACGGCAACGGCAGUGGCAACGGCAACGGCAACGGCAACGGCGACAGCAAUAGCAACAGCAACAGCAAUAACAACAGCAACAGCAAAAACAUCAAGCUCGAUGAUGCAGAAGGUACAUCGAAAUUGGACAGUAGCCAGCUCGGUGUACACACUCUUUCGAGCAAUGUGAUGCCCUGACACCAGUUUCCUGCUCGACCCCUACCUCGACGGCCCGGAUUUUAUUGGAGAUACGGCCUUGAUUUGUAAGACUCCUACUACUUCGCACUAUUACUUUGUACUAAUUCGUAGUAGUAGAACCUUCGUUCUACUACUUGAUACUACUUAACACUCCCCAAAAAGAUUUCAGCUUUUAGGUUAUCGGAAGAUUUUCGAAUAUGUGAGUACACAAUCAAAAUUCUCCUACUCGAUCUAUCAGUUCAUUAUUAUUUUACGUUUAAUGGGCGGUUUAUAGAUAAGGACUGAAAUAUAUCCUAAGUAGAAAAGGAAAAAGAAGAAAAUAAGAUUGAAAAAAAGAAAAAAAGAAAAAAAAAAGAAAAACGGAAAAAAAGCGAAAAAAAAGAAACGAGAAAAAAAAGAAAACGAGGAAAAACAAAGGAAGGAAAGGAAAGGAAAGAAAAGAAAAGGAAGAAAUCGCGAAGAGAACGAUCCCUCGGAUCCGAACGGAGGGAUAAACGACGUUCGUUGUUAUUUCACAGGCAGAAAAAAGUAUUAUUUUACUAGAUAAGUGUGCGCUGAUAUUGUCAGAAAAAAGGAAAAAAAGAAAAAAGAGAAAAAGAAAGCGUAAGGAGUCGGGAAAUGUAAGACGGGCGCAAUGAACGUGUCGGCUUGAGUUUGUAAAUUUCUGUAAAAGUGGGAAUUGAUUCUGGGCGGAUUUUGUUCGAUGUAAAUGUGUAGAUAGUGACGGUAGGUCAGGUUGUAGGGUAGGGUGUACAUAGGCGCGAGGAGGAAGCGUAUCAAGCGUCAAGAUCUCGAUUCGUGUUGAGCGUAAAAUUCUUCGCUCGCUUCGGUCUGGUUACUGGAUAAUAUUCAAUCGCACGUAUUAGCGUUAAAGUACUCGUUUUAAGAUAUCCAAUAUAUAUAUAUAUAUAUAUAUAUAUAUAUAUAUAUGUAUAUAUACAUAUAUAUAUAUAUCCACCGGUCCAGGGGAUGCGAUCGACGUAUCACUGUCAUACAGCUAAAUAUCAAAGAUAGUUAAGGUUAAAUCAAAUGACGUCUAGUCACGAGAAUCUCCAACGGUACUCUAGUCGUGCUUCGUUUUACAAGCUUACCAUUAAGUACAUAUUAUAAAAUGUAUUAUAUUUAGGUGGACGCGAUUUUUCGAAACGGUAUUUACGGAUACGAUUCUCAAGUGUCAAGUGUUCUCCCUAGGAGCAUUAUUACUGAUUGGAUACGCGUUUCUGAUUGAACAUUUCUAACUCCUUUUAACCCUUUCGCUCCGAAGAGCGCGUGUAACGUAACGUGUUUUUAAAUUAUUCGCCUUUUCCUUCGCAAAAAAUUAAAUAUUAAUUAUCUCCCUUUUUAUUUUUUACAUUUUUGCAAUAUCGUCGCUCCCUGUAAUUAAAUUAAAAUGACAUUAUAUUCUUAUGCGUAGAUCGAAAAUAUAAUACUUCCAACGGAAUAUAAUUGCCUGUGUAAAAUAAAUUUGACGUUAUUUUCUAAAGAGUAAUUUUGGAUUGUAUAGAAAAAGAAAAACAAAAAAAAAAAAAAAAAAAAACAAAAAAAAAAAGAAAGAAAAAGAAAGAAAAAAAAGAAAAAAAAUAAACCUCAUUAAAAAAGUUUUUGAUAGAAGGAAACGUUAUCGUUUCGUUCGUAAUCGAUUAUUGGCGUCCGUAGAUGCUAUAUGUGUAUAUCAGUGUCGAGUCGUCGGCGUAUCAUACGGCGUACCUACAGCGUAAAUACAAGUUACAGCGAUAACAUUAUCAGAAAAAGCGUGCCAAUGCGAAAGGGUUAAGUAUGAACGAGCCAAGUUGCUAACUGAAUAUUUGAAACGACAAUGUGAAAACGACAAAGAUGUGAAUUUUUUGUAAUUGAUAUUACGAGGAUAUUACGAGUUGGAUUUGCGCGAUAGCAAAAUUUCGUAUUUUAUAGAUUUUAGUGUAACGCAGAAGCUCUGCAUUCGUGAUACUCGUAACGCACACAUUGAAAGAAAAAUGUUCCAUCGUUAACUUAUCAUUUUAUCUUGCGUUAUAUUCUUCGUUCUACUACCAUUUAGAAUGGAAGAGUAUUUUAUAGUGGAAAUAAUAUAUGUAAAUGUCGUGUUACCUCGACAGUCUUAUAAUAAAAAUUUCAUUCUCGAUAGAAGAGAGAUCUUUCGAAUGCCAAGAUAUGAAAGUAUAAAGGAACGUUGAUAGAAAAGUUAAACGUCUAGCAAAUAUAUUCGAGUUAAGCGGCAAAGUGGGAAUCGCACAACUACGUACAGCUGCAGAUCAAAAUGCACGUCCGCAUUUUCGUCCGCGGAUGUACAUGAAUCAUCUAUCUGUGCAUCUAUUUGUAUUACGUGCUUAAAAGUUUAAACGAAGUAUUUAAACUUUUUCAAGACCGAUCGAUGGAUUCCUCUUUUUAAAAAAUCAAAGUAAGAAUCAAAGCGAAUACGAGAUGAAUGUAAUUAUUGUAUAAGUAAAUAUCAUCGUCGUAAUUGUAAGAAAUAUUUAUAAGAACAAAUGAAGAAAGGAAGAGAAGGGAAUCUAAUCACCUGUGUAACAGCUUAAAAUAGGGCUUAUAAUUACACAAGAAAGUGCCCAUUUUUUUGUUUUCUUUUUUGUUCUUUCUCCUUUUUUUGUUUCUGUUUUUCUUUUGUUUUGUUUUUUUCUUCGGGAAGAAUGCAAUUUUAAUUUACGUUUUCGUAAUAUAAGCUCGUUUGAUUAAAGCUAUUAAAGUCUUUUAUGGAAGACCGCGAUCUAGUCUCUGCGUUACCGCUUGCAAUACGAAUAAGCAUUUUUAUUGCUACCCACAAAAGGAAGAAAUUUAGUCACUACAUAAUUGCAUGCGAAUCCAAAUAAAUGACGAAUAAAACUAUUGUACGUACGUACGCGAUGUAUGUAUAAAUGUAUAAUAACACAAUUAUUUAUGUGUAUCUCGCUUUAGCUAUAUUCUAACGAUAGGACGCGGAUAAUAAGUAACUUGAGAGAGAAUAAAUCUCCUGCAAGCAUUGAUCAUGUA